AUGAGCGACGCAGAUAAUUCAACAAAUACAGAUACCUCUGAUAAUGAAGGAAGUCAUGGGGAUCUUGGUGAGAAAGCAGCAGUAUUUGUGUCUGGGGUUGUCUUAUUCAUAUCUACUCUCUUAGUCUUAUAUCAGCUUUGGAAAUACUACAGGCACAUGAUUUAUAAGCAAGCUCAAAUUGCUUUAAUGGUUUUGUUCUUGAUGCCAAUGCUCAUUGGUUGGACUGCUCUAGCUGUCAUAUCCACUAUGGAAAAGCAAAAGACCCUUGAAUUUUGCCUUAAUAUGUAUUCUCGGCAAAAUUAAAUCUCAUUCUCAAUAUUCGGGACAUUCAUAAAUAAAAUACUUAUAAUUUUAAUUUAUAAAUAAAAAAUAUAUCCUACAAAUAUAGAAAUAAUAUAAAAAGCUUAUACAAAUCCAUUGGCCUCAUUGCUUUUAUGUAUUACAUUGACCGCAUGAUGGGAUGGAUCAAAGAAGGAGAUGAAAACAAAUACUCUAAAAAAGAAAGACAAGAAUGCUUAAUGAGGAUAAAAAAAGCUAAAUGCAUUUACUUCUGCGUCAAACCAUCUCCAUUGACGACUCCUAAAGAAGCUGAUUCCUAUAUUACUAAAACUUACAUUGGAGUGCUUCAGCUUUCAGUCGUUUUAUUUUUAAUUGGAGUAGGAGAGCUCAUUGUUUACUUCCUAUUUCACGAUGUUUGGGUUUAUAAAGGCCCAACGCACUAUUCACUCGCUUAUUUAGCUAUGAUUGCGAAGUUUUGCAGUUCCUGCUUUGCUCUAAGCUAUUUAUUUAAUUUUUCUCAUUUUGCCCAUCACAUCCCUGAGCUUGAAAGACUUGGAAUUACGACCAAAUUUUAUAUUAUCAAGCUUUCCAUGAUGUUUACAGAAAUUCAGCCUUUAUUGAUAUUGAUUUUGGUUGAAUUAGGGGUUAUUUCUAGUGAUAAUAAGUAUACUGUAGAUGAAAUGACGACGUACACAAACAGCUUGCUGUUGUGCUCGGAAAUGAUUGUGGUAGGGUUUUUGCAGCUUUUGAUAUUCCCAGUGGAAGAUUUUACUCUGAGCCCAGAAGCGAGAAAGCCAUUAAAAGAAGUUUAA